AUGACGGAUUUUACUAACACAACAUGUCAUACUCUUGAUCAAUUACGUACAGCUGAAGACAAAUUAACAACAAUGCUUUGGAAUGCAGGCAAUAUCGUUCAGCAAUUAAGUUCUGAACAAAUUCCUCGUGAACAAAUCGAAUCAUUAGCACGAAGUUUUUCAGAUAAUGCUCAAACGGUUCAACAACUAUUACAUACAAGUGUAGCUAAUCUAGAACGUAUAUCAUCGGGUUUACCACAUGAAGAUUCCUGUUAUGGAUCUUGGCUAGAUUUUAAUUUAGCUUCAAUGCGAACAGAAACAAUACGGAAUAAAUUAUAUGAAUUGAAAAAUAAUCCGGAAUUACAACGAAGUCGACAACGUGUCAAAGAACUAGAAGGACAAUUAGCGCAACUUUGA